CAACCCACGAGGAAAGUCUUUAAACGUUUAUUGCUUAUCGGAAACACGGCUCAUUUUUGUGUUCAUCUGGUUCGCUUUUGACAACGUACGCCCCUUUUAUUUCACUCUCAAACGGUCGAUAUUUCCGUUACGCGUAUUUAUAAAGGAUUGUACGAGCGUUUCAAAACAUGUUUCCUGAAAGCAGCAAUGGUCUUGGCAAGUACAACUAUGAGGAUUGCCAGGCUACAGCAGACUGGCUUUUGUCUCAGACUGCCCUACGCCCUCUGGUGGGCAUAGUUUGUGGCUCUGGUUUGGGUGGACUGGCUGACAUGCUGAAAGAUCAGGUGGUCUUCGAUUACAGUGACAUCCCAAAUUUCCCACAGAGUACAGUGCACGGCCACGCAGGACGGCUGGUGUUUGGGACUUUGAGGGGGACGCCGUGUAUCUGCAUGCAGGGAAGAUUUCAUCUCUAUGAGGGAUAUCCCAUCCAGAAGAUUACUAUGCCAAUGCGAAUAUUUAAACUCCUGGGUGUGGAGACUGUGAUUCUUACCAAUGCUGCUGGAGGUUUGAACCAGGACUAUAAAGUGGGAGACAUCAUGAUCAUCAAAGAUCAUCUUAACAUGCCAGGAUUUGCUGGAAACAACCCUCUGGCAGGUCCCAAUGAUGAUAGAUUUGGCGUACGUUUUCCCUGCAUGUCCGAUGCAUAUGAUCGGGAGCUUCAGCAGCUAGCGAUGGAUGUGGGCUCAGAGCUCGGAUACAGUGACUUUCUGAAAGAGGGCGUGUACUGUGUUCUUGGCGGACCCUCAUUUGAGACCAUUGCAGAGUGUCGCAUGCUGCACAAGCUGGGAGCUGAUGCUGUUGGUAUGAGCACUGUCCAUGAAGUAAUCGUGGCACGUCACUGUGGUAUGCGGGUCUUUGCUCUGUCUUUGAUAACUAAUAAGGCAGUGAUGGACUAUGACAGUGAGGAAAAAGCCAAUCAUGAGGAAGUUCUGCAUACAGGCAAACAAAGGGCGGAGCAACUUGUGAGGCUGGUGUCCACUAUGGUAACACGGCUAGAGCACAACAACAAUUAUGCAUAAAACUAUACUCCGUUUACAUCCAACAUCAACCACAAACCAUGCCCACAUUAGCAAUAAGACAAAAACAAUACUACAUCUGUACAGCAUGUGUUUAUUUAAGUAAAUUAAGCAAAAGUUAUUUUAAGCAAAAUUAUCUAAGCACCACCAAAUUUAAUUAGCGGUCGAAAGAUAUUUGCGAAAGCUGUUCAAAUGCUAAAUCACAAUGCUGCACAAAUCAUAAGGCUACAUCUAGCAUGUUACACUUGUGAUGACAUGUACCAAGUUUGGUCUGAAUAUGUUAAAGCGUUGUGAAGACAGCAUUACUUGCGUCUGUUUUCAUGAACGCUAUGUAAAAUGUGCUAUGUUAUGUUUCAUGUAUGUGUGUAUGUAUAUAUUGCAAGAUAUACAGCCAUGGAAAAAAUUAAGAGACCACUCCAGUUUUGACUUUAAUUAUCCUUUCUAGAUGUAUUGUGACCAUUGUAGUCCAGUGUCUGUUGUGAAAGACUGAAAGCAUCACAAGACACAUGAAAGCUGUGAAUAAAAAUCAGGGUUUUAAAAAAAACUUAAUUUUGUCUAAAAUAUGUUUAAAAACAUUAGCAUUUUGUUGUUGAGAAAUGAAUUUUAGCUUGUUUUCUCUGCAGUAUUGAAGAUCUGAAAAUGCUGCAUCUUUGUGUUAUUUUGACCAUGUGUUCCCCAUUUCAAUUUUUUAGUAAAUAUAUACAAAUGAAAACAUUUUUAUUAAGAAUUUGGCAGAAAUGUUGUCUGUAGUUGACGGAAUGAAACAAAAAUUAUAAUUUUACUUAAACACAUACCUAUAAAUGGUAAAUUUUGAAAAACUGAAAGGGACCAUUGAAAUAGUCUCUUAUUUUUUUCCCGAGGCUGUAUAUUCAUAUUUGUUUAUCUAUAUAUUGUAGAAUCAAUUUGUGUAGCCAAUAUUUAUAUAUUUACAAAUAUUAUAUAUAAAUAUAUAUUUUCCUUAAAAUGUGUUUAUAUAUUGCUAAUACAUAUUUACAUAUGCACGAUAUAUGUUACCAUGUAUUCCUCAUAUGGAAAGCGGCAAUUCCUUAUGUAUUUUUAAGAAAAUUGUAAUAUAUUAUGACAAUGUAGUAUUCUAUAUAAUUACCUAUAAUUCUAAUCUAUUAAUACUGAAAAUUAUUUCAGUAUAAUAUUGACCCUUCAUAUCUAACUAAAUAUAUUUUCUUUCUGUAAGGGCAAAGAAUGCCAAUUCAUUUUUGAAUAAGCAUAUUGGAUACAAUGCUUACUGUUGAACAGUACAGUAUAGAACUGUUGAACAGUAUAGUGACAUUCCUCAGAAUGCUAAAAUGUAUAAAACUGUAAAUGUUUCUCAUUAACCUAACAUCUACCAAUUAUGAUACUUUGUUUUAAUUUAAAAUCGGUUGCUGUAAAACCUCUAUUGAUUGCUUUAUGCUGUUUGUCAGUAUAUGUACAGUUAAUGUCUGUCUUGGUUUUUUUUAAACAUUGUUACUAAACAGUUAUUUAUUAUAGAUGUUUCCUAGAUUCCUUUUAUAGUGAGUUGGUCACAAACAAAUAUAAGCAAUUUAUUGAUAACAGAUUUUUUUUUACAUCAAAACAAGCUUACAGUCUUCACUUAAUGUAAAAGCUGUUACAUAUUAAAGUAUUCUGGUGCUGAAUGCAAAAACUA